AUGGCAGCUCCAUUGACCAAAAAGGUCUUCGCCAUAACCGGUGCUACCUCUGGAAUGGGCUUGGCUACGGCAAAACUCCUUCUUUCUCGUGGGGCCUUGCUUGGCCUUACCGACAUUAACUCCAAGGGGUUGAAGCAAUUCCAGGAUUCGCUUGAUCCAUCGCAAAGAGCCCGCGUCAUGACACAGCCUAUUGAUAUUACCAAUAGGGAGGGUGUGAAGUCAUUUCUGGACAAUACAAAAGCACAAUUUGGUCAUUUGAACGGCGUGGCUAACGUCGCUGGUACGUGUGGCAAAUUGAUGGGAUCCCACCAGAUUUGGCAGACUCCCGAUGAGGAGUAUGAUCUGAUCAUGAACACCAACGUGCGCGGCGUGUUUAAUUUCCUGCGGGAAGCGUUGAAGCCCGGGUAUCUAGAACCGUCAUCCAGCAUUGUCAACGUUUCUAGUCUUUAUGGUCUCAAGGGCGCCCCUAUGUCAGGGCCAUAUUGUACAAGCAAGCAUGCUAUUAUUGGAUUGACCAAAGCUGCUGCUCAGGAGGCGGGAAAGAAUGGUAUCCGUGUUAACGCGGUGUGUCCGGGUGCCGUGCUCACACCACUUAUGCAAUCGACUGCGGACCGCUUCGGCGGGAAUCCAGUCAUUAAUACUCCACUACCCCGCGUGGGCGAGCCGUCAGAAGUCGCGUCGAUUGUUGCGUUCCUUUUAGGCCCGGAGAGCACAUUUGUAACGGGCGCGAUCUGGCCUGUGGAUGGGGGAGCAAGCGCUUGA